GAUGAGGGGAAAUAUUGCCACUCUGCUACAAAGCAGCAAACAAAAAUGAAGCCUCUUAACAAACUUUUGGAUGAAAUAGAAUGGGCAAAUAAAAAGGACUCCUGGGAUUAUACAGGUGGACAUCUAAAUCAUAACCAUCUUUUCAAGCCUCAAAUUCUUGAAGCAAAGACAUUUUGGAGAAGUGGACAGAACCAGCAAAAGUUGCAGCAUAGCAAACUUAGAUAUGAUGCAGCAUCAAGUGAAUCAGAUGAGAACAGCAAAAAGAUGAAAGAUGCUCUCAUGCACUUUACUGUUAAAACAAGUUUAGUACAAGGUCUCAAGACUAAAUCAGCACGUACCCUUACUUCAGUGAUAAAACCAUUUGGCCCUGCUACUCCCUUAAAUACCCCUUUUGCUAGUUCUCUUCUAGGAACUCAGUCAUGUGGAACUUGCAUGGAAAAUCAAGAACAAGUAUAUGAUGAAAUAUCACUGCAGGGUGAAGAGCUUGAACCUCCUGAUUUAAAGGUGCUGAAUUUCAAUUAUGAACUAUAUAAAACAAAUAAGGAUUACAAAGACAAAUACAGAUUUAUUCCCACAUAUUUUUCUGGUCUUACCAAAUCAGAUCAGUUCAGAAUGUUUUUACAGUUUGACAAAGAAGUUCUCCAGAGACAACAUUUGACAAAGGAUUUCUGCAAGAGUUCAAGGGUUGAAUACUACGAGAUGAAGUUGACAAAGGAACUUCUGAAUAUUGCCCAUAUCCAGCCCCCUCAUUUCGCCCGUUUGCAGAUCUUCAGUGAAACAUUUGGAAACAUUUGCAACAUUUCUUUUGUUUUUGGAACUAUACUGAAGCAAGUAAAGAAUGCAUACGAAUUGUAUGUAAAUUAUCUUCUGGAUUCUCAGUCUUCACUGCAGCACGAGGUUUUAUUAUCAGAGAUCGCUGGUAUGAAGAAAAGGCCAGUUAGAACUGAAGAUGUGUACAAGGCAGAAGAAAAAGUGAAAGAACUUGAACUAAAAUCUUGGUGUGCUCUACAGCAUAAUGAUCACCUAAGGAAUAAUUUAAAGAAGAUGAACAUUACCAUCACUGAUACAAAUGCAACUGAAGGAAUCUUUCCAGGAUCUCAUGGAACGUGUUUCACCGAUUUGUCAGAAGGGGGCAGGAUGUGGUGGCUGGUGGGGAAGACAAAAGAUUGA